AUGUUCACCGCAUUAAACACCUCCAAAUGCAAGCCUCGAUGCCUCGUCGAUCAUACGAUCUCUCUCGUGAAUGCUUCUUCAAGUAAUUCGAGUUCUGUCGAAGAUAACAGUGUUGCGAUAAUCCUUGGAGGUGGUACGACCUGCUUCUCCUUCGGAAGCCGUUUUGACUCCCAUGCUCUUCUGCUUUCCGACGUCCCUUUUCCGACAAAACAAUUGGACCAGCAAGAAGAUGAUAACACGAGACAGUCUUUCAAGUCCCGCACUCCAACCUUUUCGUCGGAUCCAGAAGAUACAUGGAACCAUCCACGCGAAAUUUCCAGAAAAAAUAAUCCGACUCAAGUUGACUGGGACCGAGCUCUGGUACGCUCUGAGCCUAUUGUUUUUGAAAAACUCGACCUUGGUGACUGUGUGAAACAUUGGACGCCAGAAUACUUGCAGCAAAAGUCCGGAGAGCUCAAAUGCUCAGUCCAUGUGUCAACUUCCUCUAAUCUCACUUGGCACGCCAAAAAUUUCAAGUAUACAAUGAUGAGCUUCAAAGAAUUGAUCGAUAGAACCUUUGGAGAUUCUGCUGUACCAUCUGAGACCCUCUAUCUUCGAUCACUUUCUGCUUCACCCAAACAGCCCUCUGAUCUCAGUCGAGAUUUUCCGGAUCUGGCUAAAGAUUUCAAGCUUCCCGAACCAUUAUGCGGAAGUGUGAUGGGCCAUUUCUUUUCAAGCGUACUCAGAAUCUCAGGAGCUGAUAUGGGCUUAUGGGCACACUACGAUACGUGUGAUAAUGUACUAGCUCAGGUAAGAGGUAGAAAACUAGUUCGAAUGUGGCAUCCUACUGAAGCACCCAAUUUAUACCUCGAAGGAAGUUCAUCUCACAUACCUAAUUUUGAACAGCCAGACCUCGAGAAGUUCCCAUUAUAUCGCAAAUCUCACCCAAUGAUCACCAUACUUGAACCAGGAGAUGUCUUAUUCAUCCCCGCCACCUGGUUACACUCAGUACAAUCAUUAGAACCCAGCAUAUCGAUCAAUAUCUUUUUCAGAACUCAACCUAAUGCUUUAUAUUCUACGCAUGAUGUUUGGGGAAACGUAGAUCCAUUACCUGUCCAAUCAGUUCAAAAAGAAACUAUGGAUUCGAUCAAAAAACUGGAUUUACUUCCAAGUACUCAACGUCAAUUUUAUAUCAAAAAAUUAGGAAUGGAUUUAAUUCGGUUUGCUGAUCAAGAAUGAAAAAAAAUGAAAAUUCUUGUUAGAUGUUCGAUCUAUUCAUAUGAUGCAUGUUCUUUCAUUCACUGUGUCUAAAAAGAUGGAAAUUAUGAAUUUAUGAACCGUUGAGUACAUG